CAGCUGGGACUGAUUGGUAUAGUCGUGAGCUGGUGCAGAGAGGUGAUCACGAGGCCGGAGUGAACCAGAAGGCCCGGAGGGGAGCGGCCAGCGGCAAGCGCACCCGUAGGCUCCAGCCGCCACGAUGUCAGCACAGUGUUGUGCUGGCCAGUUGGCCUGCUGCUGUGGGACUGCUGGCUGUGCCCUCUGCUGCGACUGCUGCCCCAAGAUUCGACAGUCCCGGGCCACCCGCUUCAUGUAUGCGCUCUACUUCAUCCUAGUCGCUGUCCUCUGCUGCAUCAUGAUGUCCACGACGGUAGCCAAUGAGAUGAAAGAGCGUAUUCCUUAUUUCGAAGAUAUCUGUAAAGGCAUUAAAGCUGGCGACACCUGCGAGAAUCUGGUGGGGUAUUCUGCAGUAUAUAGAGUCUGUUUUGGAAUGGCCUGUUUCUUCUUUAUUUUCUGCCUCCUGACCUUGAAAAUCAACAACAGCAAAAGUUGUAGAGCCUAUAUCCACAAUGGCUUUUGGUUCUGUAAAUUCCUGCUGCUGGGGGCCAUGUGCUCAGGAGCUUUCUUCAUUCCAGACCAGGAGACCUUUCUGAAUGCCUGGCGCUAUGUGGGAGCCAUUGGUGGCUUCCUCUUCAUAGCCAUCCAGCUCCUCCUGCUCGUGGAAUUUGCACACAAAUGGAACAAGAACUGGACUGCAGGGACUAAAACCAACAGGCUGUGGUAUGCCUCUCUCGCCCUGGUGACCCUCGUCAUGUACUCCAUUGCCACCGGAGGCUUGAUUUUGAUGGCAGUGUUUUAUACACAGAGAGAUGGCUGUGCGGAAAACAAAAUCCUCCUGGGGGUAAACGGAGGGCUGUGUCUGCUUAUCUCAAUGGUAGCCAUUUCACCCUGUGUCCAAAACCGACAGCCGAACUCUGGGUUACUACAGUCAGGUCUCAUAAGCUGCUAUGUCACCUAUCUCACCUUCUCGGCUCUCUCCAGCAAGCCUCUGGAAGUAGUUCUAGAUGAACGUGGGAAGAACAUUACCAUCUGUGUGCCUGACUUUGGUCAGGACCUGUACAGAGAUAAAAACUUAGUUACUGGACUGGGAACCGCUGUCUUGUUUGGGUGCAUCUUAUAUUCAUGUCUCACAUCAACGACGAGAUCAAGUUCUGAUGCUCUGCAGGGCCGCUAUGCAGCUACUGAACAGGAGAAAGCUCGGUGUUGUUUUUGCUUCGGCCCUGAUGGAGAAGACACUGAAGAGCAGGAGAAUGUGAAGGAGGGUCCAUGGGUUAUCUAUGACGAGAAGAAAGGCACCGUUUACAGCUACUCCUAUUUCCACUUUGUGUUCUUGUUGGCUUCUCUUUAUGUGAUGAUGACUGUCACCAACUGGUUCAACUAUGAAAGUGCCAACAUCGAAACCUUCUUCAGUGGGAGCUGGUCCAUCUUCUGGGUCAAGAUGGCCUCCUGCUGGGUGUGCGUGCUGCUGUACCUGUGGACUCUGCUGGCUCCCCUCUGCUGUCCCUCUCGGCAGUUCUCCGUGUGAGGACGGGAGCCAUCCUCUUAGACAGCAGGCCUGCAGACUAGAAGGGACAUCUUUGGAACAAGUGCCCAGAGGCCUGACUGAGCAGUGACUGGCACGUUCCCAAAAGCUGGCAGCCCCUGGCUGGCUUGGGUGGAUCUGAAGAAGUUUUGUGAAACAGAUCUAGUUAGCUUUUUAAUUGUGAAAUUUGAAAAGGAACUUCCAGUUUGUCCCAAAAGAACUGAAAUUUUCAACCAAAGUAACCAACUAUGAGGGAUAGACAGUAUAUGUUGUAUGAGUCUUACCCCUAAGAACUGGGAUAAUCGUUAGGCUAGUAUGAUCUUACCAAAACAAGAGUUUGGGUCAAAACUUCUUAUCACAGACAUAAAACUUAGCAGGGCUCUUCCAGAGGUCCCCUCGUCUUUUCUGGGUUCUGCAUCUUUGUUAUAAUGUGAAAAAGCACAAUUUGCCAUCACUACCUGUGUGGUACUCACAUAUGAUCACUACCUGACCCCGAGUUAACUGCCGUAAUUAUGACUUGUUAUUUGUGUUGUUAUGCACGUGAUUAUGGAACAAUAUCCACAUUGUUUUCUUUUCCUACACCUGGAGGUCUAUUGUUCUUAACUUGUUUGUACUAUUAAGAUUUGACUGCAUCCUGUCUGUUCCCCUGUCCCACUGUCAAGGCUAACCCUCAGUUUCUCUUCCACCGUUGUGAAGCUCUGUAAACAAAAGGGCUUUUGUUUUCCAGAUCUGUAAUGUGACUGCACUGAAAAUGCCUAUUAUGGGUUUUUUUGGGGGGGAGUAAAUUUGAAGUGAAGCUCCCACAUAGCAUUGAGAUAGCGCCAACCAAGCAAGGCCUGCUAUACAAGUUGUGGAAGUGACCAGAAGCAUCAAGAAGAGUAGGUAUAUGGUGAAGGUACUGAAUUAAGCCAUAACAUUCACAGAAAUUUCCAAAAUACAUGGUAAAGUAAUGCUCCUUGGGCAGUUGCCCCAGAGGUCCGUGUCAAUGUCAACAUUUUCCAUCAGGGAAGUUUACUCAGUGGAUAGUUUAUUGGAGACUCCACUGGAGACAUGUGCUAAUGUUGCAUGCAAGAUGGAAGGAAUCUGCUUAACCUCCUCAGGAGAGAGGGUGUAAGAAGAAGACUUGACCUGCACUUCUUGUGUCCUGCUGUCUGAGUUGGGUAGAAUUGGGUCCCACCAACGCUGGGCUCCUGUGUGCCAAAAUGCUGGCACUCCUAGUUAUUCUUCAUUUCUACUGCUUUGCUCCCCUGGGAAAACAAAUGGAGUGAAUGAGUUCCUUCGGCAUCACCUUGUCUGCAGUGUUUGUGAUUCAUUUUUAAAAGUUGCUUGUUAUUUGUAUGUCUGAGAACCUUGUUCUGUAAACAUUAUCACAUUCCUUUCUAAGGCCAGAAACUCUAGUUCUGCAGCUUAAAGUUCAUCUAAUCACAAAUUUAUAGCCACCAAGAACAGUCCCUGAUUGAUCUAGUGUGAACAAGAGUUCUGUGAAUCAGGGCAGGAUGUGGGAAUGUGGUUAUGUGGGUAGUACCUCCCUGCCUAGAGGUUGGUGCAGUGAGGGGGACUCCGGGCAAGCCAAGGUUGGCUUCCGGAAGAUCAUGAGCAGAGGCAGAUCAAGAGCCAUGGUGGGGUCCGUAAUUAAUUUUAUUACGUUUUCUGCCUGUUGGCAUCUAGCUCAGCCUAUCAGCCACCUGCGUGAUUUAAGAACUGGCCUCGACAGCAGGUUAAGGUCAAGUUGACAAGACCCUGUGUUCCCUUGUUGACCUCUUUUGCCCCUACUCCUGCAGAAAGAAGCUUAGGAAUACACAAAGGAUAGGUCAUUUCUGGUGACAGGCGUGGAGUGGCCUCUACACAGUCCAUGAUUGAGAGCUACCUAAGACUUAGUUUGCAGCCUUAAGUUUCUUUCUGGAGGUUGGAUUCCUGAUACAAGAGGAAGAGUAGUAGUCACUCUGAUUUUUCUUCUUAACUGAGCUUUAGUCAAGUUUAUCUAAAAUGAAGGCGAGUAAUGUGGGUAUGCUAUUGAGAACUGAGGGUCUAUCAAUAAGAAGUUGACUUUAAUGAUUAUUAAUUAUAAUAAAUAAUACUCAGGUGAUAAGUCAAUAUUCAUGUGUUCAAAGAACUACAUUUUUUGUGCUAUUAUGUUUUCAGAAACUGGAACAAUUGUGCCAUUUGUCUUGCAUUACUGUUUCAAUGGGGUUUGAUAGAUUCACUGAUAACCUUUUUUAAAUAAUAGAUUUUUGCCUCCUACCCCUUUUUGUACAUGAUUUAACAAGUGCAUCCCAAAGGUGCAUUGCUCAAACCUGCUAGUCAGAAUCCUUUAGCAAUGAAAACUGAUGAUUUAAAAAAAAAAAAACAAAAAAACAACGGUAUGUCUAUUCCCUCUGCUGUUUGUUCAUCCAGUGCAGAAACCUCUUUCUUUUCAUUUCCAUAACUGACAGCACUCUCAGUGAGGGCCAUGUCCUUCCAGGAGUCUUGUCCUCUACCUGGACAUGUCAGGUAGAGGACCUGAUGGAAGACCACAGACUUCUGUCAGAAGUCUUCGAAAACACUACUUUGUCCUUCCUAUGUAUAUUGGUUAGUUUGCUUUGGUUUUGUCCUCACAGUUUCUAGGGGAUGGCUUAAAGGAAUUGUUUACCGCCUAUAUUUGGAGCUCUUUUGUAGAGUUAACAGUCGGGGUACACAUAAGCUGUUCAGAGGGUGAGGUUGCUGGAGCUUUGGGAUCCUGGUGCCCAUUAGGAAUGGUUCACUGGGGUUUUCCACCUCACAUUCUUAUUUCCAGUUCCUCAGAGGAUGCUUCAUUGUGAAUGAGUCCAUGCAGUGCUAAUUUUUCCCAGACUGUCUCCCUCUACCUUUUUAAGAGUAUGUACUUACUUAAUUUUGGCCAGAAGUUUACUGCCAUUGGUGCUUCAUGUUUUAUCAGGGGGAAUAAUUCCAGGGCCUGCUUGAGUCUUUUUUCUCCCUUUACUGCCUUUCAAGAUGGCAUCCUCUUUUUGAUGUGUGCUGGGCUCUUGGAAAUGCCAGAUGACUUACCCUACAUCUAAGGGUGUGACCUGAGGCUGAGACCCUGCACAUCUGGAAGAACACUGGAGUGUCCUUCAUCAGGAACAGUGCAUAGCCACUUGGUUUACAGAGUUCUGGAAUUCUCUGUGGGAUGACUUCCUUAAUUUGCUAAUCAAACUAACUCCCUAGGACUUUGAUCUUAAGGCCACCCUGCCCUGUUUCCUGCCAUUUUUAGUCACUUUGUAAAGCCCAGACAUUUUAAUCUAGCGUUGCAUCUGGCAGAGGUGGGACCUCCCGCCACAGGGCUGGAGAGCUGUUUACACAGGUCUUUAGAACUAACAGUGGACAUUCUAAAGAUCUUUCUCUUUCCUCAGUAAAUCAUCUGCAGAAGCUCAUUUUGAAAGAGAGUAAUAAUUGGACUUUUACCAAAGAGGUUUUUGUUUCAUUUUAUUUUUACAACAAAACCUUUUCAGAAGACACUUAAUUGUGGAAGGACAGAUUCAGAAUACAAAUGCCCAAAUCCAUUUCGUCAUGAGUUUAAUCAUAUUUGUGUGAGUAAAAUAAUGGAAGAAUUUUUUUAGGGUAAUCCUUUUGGGGUGUGGGUUCCUGGGAGAGUCUCUCAGGUAAAAGAAGCCUCGGCUGUGGUGUAAUAUAUGUCUUGAGAGCUAUUUAUAAGAAAUUUAAGAGCGUUGUUUUAUUGUCCUUUAUUAAAGACUUAAGGUUUUUUACUUUGGAAAAAAAGACUACAAAAGUUCUAUAAUCAUACUGUUAAUUUUUAAAAAUUUUCUGAAAUCACUAGCUAUAGCCAAAUUUUAUGGUUAAGUUUUGCUAUCUAAGAAUUUGAAAAUGUAAAUCUACUGUUUGAAUUUAUAAUGGUCUUGGAUAUAUUUAGAGUUUUUGGUAACUUUUAAAAUAGUUAUUUUCCCCCUUUAGUCAUAAAGACAACUAUGGAUUUAUAUUUGUUUUUUUAACGCUAAUUUUUCUAUAAAACAUUGAAAGUUGACUAGUCUUUUCUUAUGUAGAAAACUCAAAACUUGUUAACUCUGUACUUUAAUAAAAUUGAAAAGCACUUUGUUUUUUUUUUUCUCUUUUUAAAGAUACGCUUAUAAUUAAAGUCCUCUGGGAUAGUGUCUUCUGAAGAUACUGUCUUCAAAUGUUAAGCAUCCUCAGAGUCUGUUCUGAUUCUUGAAAAUGAAAAAGCAAUCAUGAUAACCCCAGCAUUUUGCCUACUUUCUCUAAGUGCCUGUGACUUGCUUCUCCUUUCUUAUUCUCACUGUCUUAAACCUGAUAAUUAGGCUAAGUCUUUAAAGAAGGCUGGCUAAGUCCAAUAAGGUGUUUUAUAUUCUCAAGAUUUGACUGUUCUAUGCCUUUUGCUUUAAAGUUUAAAAUUAACUUGUGAUUCCCUUGAUUGGGAACUGAUGUAAGGAAUAUAACAUGGACUCUUACCUAUAUGAUUACAUCUUCACUUUCCUAGUUCUUUAAUUUCUU